AUGUGGGGCCAGUUCCGUCAGGCGCUUGCGGUCGCAUCCCCACCAGGCAGCCCGAAGCCACUCAGCCAGGCCGGCAGAACCCUCAUCCCCCGCAGCCAGGGUACCUCUGCGAAUCACACCCCAAAGGAGGACGCAAAGAGCGGACUGCCGCGCCGCCCCUCCCGCGGGGCCCGCGGUGUCGCCUUUGCACCCCGAUCCUCUCCAGGCCUGAGGCUCUCGCAGGUGACGGCGGACGAGAGGGCUGGGGGCCUAGAGCCGCCACGCCCCCACCGCCCAGCCCCCGCCCCCGGGACCGCCCCUGGGAAGCGGCCUAGUCGACCGAGGACCCCUGAGGCCUGCUGCGCCGAGGUUGGGGGUGGCGGGGAGGUGGCGGUCGGGAGGUGGCGGGAAGGCCGAGGAAGUGACGCCUGGGCAGGGCGCCAUCUUCCUGGAAGGGGCGGAGGAGCGGAGGGGCUGGUGGGGGAGGGAGACCUGGAGGUGGGAGCGGCGGUGCAACAGGGCCCCAAAACCUGGAAGGCCCAGCCGCGGAGCCGCCGGAGGCCAUCCACGGACCUGGAGGCUGUGCGUGCCCAGGCGGACUGGCCCUACCUGCGGCUGGAGCUCAGGUUUGGGCGCAUGUGCAGUCUGCACUUGGUCCGUAGGCGCUUCAUCAUCCAGAUUUUGGGCUUCUGGGAUGCCUUUCUGAAUCACCCGCAUCUGUCAGCCAUGAUCAGCCCUCGUGAUGAAGACAUGCUCUGGUACCUGGUGAAUUUGGAGGAGAGGGAGCUCAGGCAUGCCAGUACGCGCUGCAAGUUCAAGUUACGCUUUUGGAACAACCCCUUCUGGAACAAGAUGUUUGUGAAGGAGUGAGUGCAGAUCCUCAGGACCGGUGGUGUCAGUUGCACCUCUCAAAAUGAUGGCACCAGGGCCAAGGAACCUCCUGUUCUGGUUCACAGGAACUGGGACACUGUUCGCAGCUGCUUCUGCUGGUUCUCACAGCACAACCUCCCGGAGACCAACGAGGUUGCCCAGGUUAUUAAAGAGGACUUGUGGCCCAAACCCCUGUGGUACAACCUGAUGAGGGAUAACUCCCACCACCAUUACCACCCCCCUUCCACCCCACCCCCCACCCCGAACCAGCAGAAGCCUAGCAAGGUGGCACACAGAGGCCCCUUCUGUGUCCUACAGGUUCCAGUGUGGCUAAGUCCUGCGCUAGGACCUGGCCCCUACAUAACAUUGCCUUCUUCCUCUUUGUGGACCUGUGCUUGGGCCACUGACAUAACUCUGCUGUCUGCUUUCUCUUUAAUGCACUCUGGCCCCUCUGAACAUUCAGUGGACUCUGCUCCAAGAUUGUGGCCUCCGUGGCCGAGACCUUCUGUGUCCAUGUGGCAUCACAUAGCUGUCACAUGCCGCAGUGUCUACCUAAGCACCCAAUGCUAUAGACAGGUGCUAACAUCAUCUUUGCGGCUCCGUCCUACCUCUGAUCAUGAACUUCACACCCCACACUUUUUUUUUUUUUUUUAAAGUAAGCUCUAUGCCUAAUGUGGGGCUUGAACUCAGCAAUUCUGAGAUCAAGAAUCUUAUGCUCUCCUGACUGGCACUCCGUUCCCACCCACUUUUGACACAGGCACCCACAAGUCAUCGCUAGGAGAAUCAGUGCCUCUUUGGGGUCCACCGCUUCAAGGCCACACCACGUUGGGCUUCAUAUUUGUGCCUCCAGAGUACUGGCUGUGGCAAGCUGAGUCUCCCUAUCCAAGAAAUGGAUGCAUUUGGUGCUGCCUGUCAACUCAGCUUGGACAUUCCAUAGCCUCAGGGCCUCAGGACUGCAGGAGUACAGGUCGGGCUACCCCAGGCUACAGGCUCCUGGGCACCUGGUAGAAUGGGCAUACGGCAGUGGACAACUACUGGGCAUGGAUGAGGUCAAGGGCGUGAAGCGGUGGGCAAGGCAUUCUUUGUGCUCACGCUGCUUUUCUUACCCUUGCCACCUCACGGCCUGCUGUCCACUUACCAAGAUCUGUGGUAUCCUGCCAGUGUUUGGCCAUCACCCUUUCUGAGUUCAACCCAGGCUCCCUCCACUGUUGCCUGCUCCCAGGUCUGUAAGGACCUCAACAGCCACCUGCCAAUGCACAAGAAAAACCCCAACCGCCUAGGAACUCUGCCACACUGGCAUAUCCGGGCAUGUGCUCAAGGCAGGGGCAAUGGUGGGGGGUCUUUUCUAAAAGCCUACCUUCCUGAACCCCAGUCACUGGGCCCACAGAAUCCAGCCCUUCCCUCAUCCCGUCUCGGGGGGGCGGUCUUAGGCUGCCAGGUUGCAGUAUAGGAGGGGUGUUUCUAGUCAUGGGACUGGUCUCUACCUGCCCAGAUCUCACAUUAUUUCAUUUUCUUUAAAAUGACAGCUCAAAAACAAACAACUGAAGAAGUGAGGUUCUUAAAAACAGCUAAGGAGACCAUAGACCCCUGGGCUGGAUCUC